ACAAAUGUUUGCCCCUUUCUUGUUCCUUUUCUAUCACUCUGAUCUCUGCGAAGAUUUUGGAAACGGAAAGUUUUAAUUUUCGUGAAGAAAAUGCCGGUAGCGAGACCGGAGACAUCGGAUGCUAGAGUUAUCGCUCAUGUCGACAUGGAUUGCUUCUACGUUCAAGUGGAGCAACGGAAGCAACCGGAGUUGCGUGGACUUCCUACUGCAGUUGUACAGUACAAUGAAUGGCAAGGUGGUGGUUUGAUUGCUGUUAGCUAUGAAGCACGUAAAUGUGGCGUAAAGCGGUCGAUGAGAGGUGAUGAGGCUAAAGCUGCUUGCCCUGAAAUUCAAUUGGUUCAAGUUCCCGUGGCUCGUGGUAAAGCUGACCUUAAUACAUAUCGCAGUGCGGGUUCAGAGGUGGUUUCGAUUCUAGCUUUAAGCGGUAAAUGUGAGAGGGCUUCGAUUGAUGAAGUGUAUCUUGACCUCACCGAUGCAGCAGAGAGCAUGCUCGCUGAUGCGCCUCCAGAGAGUUUGGAAUCGAUAGACGAAGAAGCUCUUAAAUCCCAUAUUCUUGGAAUGCGCCGAGAGGAUGGAGAUGAUUUCAAGGAGAGUGUCCGUGAUUGGAUAUGUCGUAAAGAUGCUGAUCGUCGUGAUAAGUUGUUAGCUUGUGGAAUUAUCAUUGUUGCAGCACUCCGGAAACAGGUGCUCAAGGAGACUGAGUUUAGCUGUUCUGCUGGCAUAGCCCAUAACAAGAUGCUAGCCAAACUUGCUAGUGGGAUGAACAAACCUGCCCAGCAAACCGUUGUACCAUAUUCAGCUGUACAGGAAUUACUCAGUUCCUUGCCAGUUAAGAAAAUGAAACAACUGGGAGGAAAGCUGGGCACUAGCUUGCAAACUGACUUGGGAAUUGACACUGUGGGGGACUUGUUGCAGUUUUCUGAAACAAAGCUGCAAGAACAUUACGGAAUAAAUACUGGUACUUGGUUAUGGAAUAUCGCAAGAGGGAUCAGUGGAGAAGAAGUGCAAGGUCGCCUUCUCCCCAAAAGUCAUGGUUCUGGAAAGACAUUUCCCGGACCUCGUGCUUUGAAAUCACUCUCAAAUGUUCAGCAUUGGCUGAACCAGCUUUCCGAAGAACUAAGCGAGCGUCUCAGUUCUGACUUGGAGCAGAAUAAGCGGAUUGCAAGCACCCUUACCCUUCAUGCUAGCGCCUUUAGAUCAAGGGAUUCAGAUUCGCAUAAGAAGUUUCCUUCGAAAUCAUGUCCUCUGAGAUAUGGGGUAACCAAGGUCCAAGAAGACGCCUUUAACUUGUUCCAAGCUGCAUUGCGUGAAUACAUGGGACCUUUCGGGAAUAAACAAGAGACAUGGAGAAUAACAGGUCUUUCUGUUUCAGCAAGUAAAAUUGUUGAUAUACCAUCUGGAACUAGCUCGAUAAUGAGAUAUUUCCAAAGCCAAUCUACUGUUCCUUCUUGUUCAGCAGAUGGUUGUGUUCAAGAACAUAUAGUGAACGCUCCUUCAGCUAGUGAAGGUUGUUCAGAACAAAGAUCAGUAGAGACCCAAGCAGCAUCCCUUGAAGGAGACACUGGUGCAACUUAUACUCUGCCUGAUUUAGACAACCUACAUAAAAACAUUGACCUAAUCCCUGAAAAGGAUAUGUCUUGUCUGUUAAACGAAACAACAGAUUUUCAGACCCAAUCAGGAUCAAACAAAGGCACACAAACGAAGAGAAUUGGACGGAAGACAAACAACGCAAAAGAAAAGAAUCAGGGAAUGCCUUCAAUAGUCGAUAUUUUUAAGAACUACACUGCAACUCCUCAAUCAAAGCAAGAGACUCGAGAAGAUUCCACAGUGUCAUCAACCAGUAAAAGAGCCAACUUUAGUAGCAGAAGCAGCCAUAGUAGUGAAGUGAAUCAAGAGGUAGAAGAGAGAAGAGAAACAGAAUGGAGCUAUAAGAUUGGUGAAAUCGAUCAGUCGGUCUUCGAUGAAUUACCGGCUGAGAUUCAAAGAGAGUUUAGGAGUUUGCUACGGCCCAAUAAGCAGCUUAAGGCUGGUAAAAGCAAAGGUGAUGGUUCUGCUUCAAGCAUUGCUCAUUAUUUUCCACCAUUGAACAGAUAGAUCCAAGUACCUUUGUCUUUGUCUUUGACUGUACAUAUUGUUUAGUCCUUAUCUUGUUUGAGAUUUGUUCUUGUAUUUUUAAAUACCAGAUUCCGGCCCACCAGAUUCCUUGUAUUCAACUUUCUAGAAUAAAGGUUA